AUAUAAACUAUUUUUCGUUUAGUUGGGUUUAGAAAAUCUGAUGAGUCAACUUAGAAAAACAAAACCAUUGUCGUCAAUUUGAAAAUCACCAUGAAAGCUCUUCAAGCUUCCACUUCUUACAGUUUCUUCAGCAAAUCCUCUUCCGCAACCCUCCAAAGGCGCACACAUCGUCCGCAAUGUGUCAUUCUUUCGAAAGUGGAACCUUCAGACAAGUCCGUCGAAAUAAUGCGAAAAUUCUCCGAGCAAUACGCUCGAAAAUCAGGAACCUAUUUUUGCGUUGAUAAAGGUGUCACGUCUGUUGUUAUCAAGGGAUUAGCAGAGCACAAGGAUUCACUGGGUGCCCCACUUUGUCCUUGCAGAUAUUAUGAUGACAAAGCUGCUGAAGCUACUCAGGGCUUUUGGAACUGCCCGUGUGUGCCCAUGAGGGAGAGGAAGGAGUGCCACUGCAUGCUUUUCUUGACCCCAGAGAAUGAUUUUGCAGGCAAGGAUCAGACAAUCGGCUUGGAUGAGAUUCGGGAAGUGACAGCGAACAUGUAACAUAAAGGCUUACCCGUUAAUGAAUUGUUUGGGAACUUGCAAUCAGCCUGUACAUUUUGUAUUCUUUCAAGUAAGCUGCUUAGUACUGUACUUACUGUUUGCUCUCAUCCUUCAAUGAGCUUUAUUUGUGCUUCAGAUGAUGAGCAUUGUUGAUAUAGAGACCCGUAUUUGAUUCUCAGAAAGUUCAUGUUUUUCUGUGACAAAUAUAAGCAAUCAUCGCCUUUUUUUUUACCAUUUAUUUUGUAACCAGGCCGAAUUUGCUCAUUUGUAGGCAUUAUUUUUCAUGUCAAUGUAACAUAAGGAGCAACUUUGAGUUACUUGAAGAAGAGCAAGGCACCAUGUGUUGUUUUAGUGUA